CCCUCUCUCUCUCUCUCUCUCUCUCUCUCGUGCAUUUAAAUCUUUCUAUAAAUUCUAACCAAACCUCCCGUUUAAUUCCCUUCACCAGCGCUCUCUCUCCCUCUCUGACUGUCUCUGUCUCUCUCUUUCUUUCUGUCUUUCUCUCUAUCUAUGUUUGAAAAGGGCUUAGAAGAAACGGAACCCUAGAAACCUAUUUUGGAUCUUGCAGAAGAAAUCGUCGCCAAUCCCUGGAAUCCCGAUAGGAAGGAAUUUAGGAACCCUAAUUCAGAGUCCAAUUGGCUUAAUUCCUGCCGAUAAGCCUAGCAAAUUGUGGAUCGUAACCCCCAAUUUAGAAUCUUGGGGGGAAUAGAAAACCCUAAGAGCCCAAUUCGUUUGAAGGAAAACCAAUUCCGUCUUCAACCUGACGUACUCCAUCUCUGUUGUGGAUGGGCAUGGGCAGGGUUUGCAGUGAAACCUCCAAACCCUCUUCUUCUUCCUCCCCCUCUCCUUCGGUCACCAUCUCCACCUCUGUCACACAGACCGUAAAUGGCUCUCACCAAUUCAAGAUCACGGGAUACUCUCUCUCAAAAGGUCUAGGGAUUGGCAAAUACAUUGCGUCUGACAUCUUCUGGGUUGGUGGGUAUGCGUGGGCGAUCUACUUCUAUCCCGAUGGGAAGAGCAUCGAGGAUAACGCGGCCUAUGUUUCAUUGUUUAUCGCGCUUGCAAGCGAGGGAACUGAUGUCAGGGCCCUUUUCGAAUUGACGCUUUUGGAUCAAAGCGGCAAGGAGAAACAUAAGGUGCACAGCCAUUUUGGGAGGACGUUGGAGAGCGGGCCGUACACUCUUAAAUACCGAGGAAGCAUGUGGGGCUAUAAACGUUUCUUCAAAAGAACUGCUCUCGAGACAUCAGAUUACCUUAAAGAUGAUUGUCUCUCUGUUCAUUGUAGCGUUGGUGUUGUUAGGUCACACACAGAGGGACCCAAGAUCUACUCAAUACCAGUCCCAUCUUCUAAUAUUGGACAGCAUUUUGGGCAUCUCCUGGAAAGUGGAAGGGGAACCGAUGUAAAUUUUGAAGUUGAUGGAGAGAUUUUUUCUGCUCACAAGUUGGUGCUUGCAGCUCGUUCACCUGUCUUUAGGGCACAGCUUUUUGGCCCAAUGAAGGAUCGAAAUACCGAAUGCAUAAAGGUUGAAGACAUGGAGGCUCCAGCUUUUAAGGCGUUACUCCAUUUCAUAUACUGGGACGACAUACCAGACAUGCAAGAAUUCACUGGUUUGAACUCAAAAUGGGCAUCCACACUGAUGGGGCAGCAUCUGCUUGCAGCAGCAGACCGAUAUGGACUUGAAAGGCUCAGAUUACUUUGUGAAGCCAAGCUCUGUGAAGAUGUUGCCAUCAACACUGUAGCAACUACGUUAGCCUUGGCAGAGCAACACCACUGUUUCCAACUUAAAGCUGUGUGUCUCAAAUUUGUUGCACAGCCUGAAAACCUGAGAGCUGUGAUGCAAACGGAUGGGUUUGAAUACUUGAAGGAAAGUUGCCCCUCUGUUCUGACCGAGCUAUUGGAAUAUGUAGCCAGGGUUGGUGAACACUCCGUCAUUGUCUGCAGGUAUGGGAAUGAAGCAAUUCUUGAUGGCAGUGAUGUCAAUGGAAGGCGGGUGAAGCAAAGAACAUAGAACCAAUAACAACAAUCACAUUCUCAAUGUAGCCACUAGCCAGGAAAGUGAAAGAAAAGUUUGCUAGGAAUACCAAGGCAUUUUUCGAUUGUUUCUCAUUCUGUAUGAGAUGUAAAUUAAUGGUUCAUGUAGCGCCAUGGUUGUCUUGUAAUGCCAAGGUUUUCGUGGGUAGUUUGUUUUGUUGCCAUGCCAUGGUUCUACUGUUAAAAACUCCUCUUUGCACCAACUCUUGUUUUGUUUUGUUGCCAUGGUUCUGCGAUCUCACUUACUAAUGGACCGAAGCAUAUGUAUGGAAGUCUUGCGCA